AUUUCGGAUCUCUGGAACAAGAUACCAAUUGGCAUUUGCAGCCCCAGCAGAAAGGUGGGGAGAGAGUGCAGGCAUGGAGGAGGAGGAGAAUACCAGAACACCUCGGGCUGUUUUUAUGGCGUUCGGAACCAAAGGAGACGUUAACCCCAUUGUUGCCAUUGCUGCAGCUUUUGCUAUAGACCAACGUCAAUACCAUGUCGUGCUAAUCACUCAUUCAGCUCACAAGAACUUAAGUACAUAUCUAGCAGCAAAUAAUGUCACCUACUUUCAAGUUUCAACACCACCUGUUCUUUCUGCUUAUCGGGAUGAUGAUGCCUCAGGUUCAGUUGAGUCCUUGUUUUCUAUGAAGAAAAAGCUCAUUGCAAGAGAACAUCGACAAGAAUGCUUGUCUAUAAUGGAAAUGGUUUUUGGAGAUGACCCAAAAAUGGAUGGUGAUUUUAUUCUGAUAAAUUUCUUUGCGCUGGAAGGAUGGAAUCUUGCCGAACUGUUUCAGAUUAGAUGUAUUGUUGCUGCUCCUUAUGUUGUUCCAUAUAGUGCACCUUCAUCAUUUGAACGCCGAUUUAAAAAGGAGUUCCCUCUCCUGUAUAAGUAUCUUCAAGAGUCUCCUGUUGACCAAGUUUGCUGGAAAGAUGUCAUCCAUUGGAUGUGGCCGCUUUUUACAGAAGAGUGGGGAUCAUGGAGAAGUAUGGCUUUGAACCUAAGUCCUUGCCCUUUCACGGAUCCUGUAACAGGUCUUCCCACAUGGCAUGACUGGCCCCGAUCGCCCCUUCUGUUGUAUGGGUUUAGCAAAGAAGUGGUGGAAUGCCCAGGUUAUUGGCCAUCAAGAGUUCGAGUAUGUGGCUUUUGGUUUCUACCUGAAGAAUGGCAAUAUUCAUGUAACAAGUGCAGACAAGUUUUGACCCCACUUCCAUCAGGGCAUCUUAGUACAAAUGAUGAUAUGUGUCUACAACAUGCUAAUUUACAUUGGUUUCUGAAGACAUCUAAAACAGUUUUACCCAUCUUCGUAGGGCUAAGCUCCAUAGGAAGCAUGGGUUUCUUGACAAACCCUGGAGCAUUUCUUCAAGUACUUGAAGCUGUUAUGGAGAUCACAGGCUACAGAUUCAUCCUUCUCACGGCUGGUUUUGAACCCUUAGAUGCUGCUAUUCAACUUAUUGCCACUAAGACAUGUUCGCUCUCUGAUCAAAAACCACAGGUUGAAGAUGGAAUCCUUCUCUUCAGUGAUCAUCUCUUGUGCUUUUCUGGAACUGUGCCAUACAACUGGCUAUUUCAAAGAUGUGCAGUUGCCAUUCAUCAUGGGGGAAGUGGAUCCACUGCAGCAGCACUACAUGCGGGUAUUCCACAGAUAAUUUGCCCAUUUAUGCUAGAUCAGUUUUAUUGGGCGGAGAAGAUGUUCUGGCUUGGGGUUGCACCGGAACCAUUACAGAGGAACCAUUUAGUUCCAGAUAGAGAUGAUGAUGUAAGCAUUGUGCAAGCUGCAAAUGGGCUAUCAAAUGCCAUAAGUUAUGCAUUGUCUCCUAAAGUAAAAGCUUGUGCAUCAGAGGUUGCUGAGAGAAUUUCUUCAGAGGAUGGAGUUGGAGAAGCUGUGAAGAUUCUGAAGGAAGAGGUAAUGUGUCAAAGUAAAAUCAGGCACCAAACUUCAUUCUGAUUCAGUUUUAACUUGAGCUGAUAGGGUUCCGAACCUUUCUACAAUCAUUGCAAAGAUGCGGCCACACCUUUGAGCCUAGUGUCUGUCAUUGAUGUGGCCUCAGUUUUUGUCAGUUCAACUUGCGUUACGGCAAUGAUCCAUGGUGGAUCCCUUCCUACUCCAUUUUAUGUAGUAUGUAUUUGUCUCAUUAUUUGAUCCAACAAAAAGACUAAAUUCAUCAGCUUCACAUCAUUGUUCA